CACAUGAAAACCUCAGACCUUGCUGGACACAAAAGUGCAGCGAGAAGUAGACAGAAAUCUACUUCGAGGACCUGGGGCCCGAUUGGAGGUGAACGAUUAAAGAGAGAUAUCUGCUUCAACAACUUUCUGACAACAAAGAGGUGACACGUAGUACAAAGGCAGUAUGGGAGGUGGAGAGAGGUAUAACAUUCCAGUUUCCCACCCUGAGCGCCCCUUGGCCAAGAAGAACCACCAGCUUGGCCGGGCUAAACCGAGAGGCCGUGACCAGAACGGAUCAACAGCGGCAGCCUCCGCAGGAGGCCUUCACCAUCAUGGUCAUCGCAGAAGCGACAAAGGUGCUGCCUACCACAGGUCUCCAGAGGCGCGGCAGGCCGCGUCUGCAGAGAAGACUGCCUCUGUCCGUUUUGCCACCACUUAUGAUGUGAACUGGGAAGGUGCAGUGUCUCACCUCAACUCACUUCUGACCAUCCAAGGAAGUCCGAGCUACGCGGGGCCCAAGUUCAGCGAGCCACCCUCGCCCAGCGUUUUGCCUAAACCCCCCAGCCACUGGGUGUCCUUCCCAAUGGGCUCCUGUGACAACCGGGAGAUUAUGGCCUUCCAGCUCAAGAGCCUUCUUAAGGUGCAGGCCUGAGAGGGUUUCCCCACACCUGAUUGUUUAAAAAAAGCCAAUGCAUGGACUGGGACUCUUUGAAGGCAAGCACCCACCAGGAACACCUCGGUGCUGUAAUAGUUUUAACGUCUUUUAGAUUUGAUCUUUGGAGGGUUAGGAUGCAUUUGCAGUUAUAAUUUGCUGCAAAUGUCUAUUCCAUUCCCCCUUUUAACCAGUACUUCUAAAUAUUACAGCCUUGCAGCCUUGCUGGUAGGUGAUGCCUUUAGUGGAGUCAGUUUCUGUGACUAAUGACAAACUGGAUAUCCUUUGUACUUAUGUGUUUUGUUUUGUUCUUUUUUAUGAUGGCUAUCAGAGCAGAUUGAGUGUCCUCCAAUUUUCCAACAAGGAUUAAAGUAAGAGUCAGGUAACUUCCCACUUUUCAGUCAAGUACAGCCCAUUUCUGUAAACAGUUUUACAGAUCUCCUUUUAGAUGCAUUUACAUCAUAUCUUUGGAGUUACCUCUAUAGCUUCAGGUGCUAAAAAUCACAUUUGUAGCAUUUUUUGGCUAGGGCCCACUUCUUUUCUUUUGUGUCCCUUGUUUUGGAAGUUGACACUCAACUGCAAUUCUGCAGGGAAAAAGCUCUUACUGGAGGUGAUAAGCUGUAUUUAGUGAGUAUAGGUCAAAAUGUAACCUCAAACUGAAGGGUGAUAAGAGACCAUGGCACACAGACCCUGGGCUUUCAACUCCUGUACUUUUUUAUUGCGCUGUGCGCAUAUGCACUAUAGGAGUUGAGUCUGCCUAAGGCCUGCAGCACUCUAUCAUAGCAUUAUUUUGUACAAGUUUUUUGUUGUGGCUGAAAGAUGUAUGAAAUGCUGUGUGUAACCAAAGCAAUGUUUUGCUUUUUUGCCCUCUAUCUUAUUUGUGGUUCUCUCCAGUGUAGCCACAAUGACCCAGGUGGUGGAAAGGUUAACAGGUUGGAGUCCUGUGGGUCACUCUAGCGUUCAUCUGCUCUAAUCAGUACUGUUAUUGCUCCUCAGUCUUUGUCUUAAUGAUACACUUUUGCAGCUUUAACAGCGGAAGCAGGUCACACUUGGAUGCGAGACUGAGUUUCCUUCAAGUUGUGACUUGGUUGGCUGCAUACAUUUGUAAUUAAGCUGAAGCGAAGCUGUGGAGUUUCUGAAGUGCUGUGGCUCACGGGACACAACAUGAGGGGCUUGUGUUUGUGUUUACAAAAUGGUCUCAAUAUGCGACCGUCUCAUCAUCAGCAAACACUCGCUGCCUCUUAACUUCUGCCUCGUUUUCCCUUGUGCACUGCAAUCAUUUUUUUCCCCCAAAUAAGUUACAGAACAGAAUGCUAUGGAGAUGAUGGAGGCGGAACCAACUAUCUCCCUAUGAAUUCUCUAUUUUUGUGACUCAGUCCUCUGAAGCUCUUUUGCUUUCUCUUUGCAGAAUUGGAGCUGUUUAUGGCCAGCUUAAAGACGAUAUAAAACAAAGCACUUAGAGCUUGACAAAAUGUGUUUAAGAGCCAUGUAAAUAAUGAAAUGUAUAAAGUACUUGUAGCAUAUGUACAUUUGCAGACCUAGUUUGAGGCCUGCUUGACAAAAGUAUUUUUAGUAAUAACACUGAAUGUAUAAGACGUGCUAAGGACAUGUCUUGACUUCAAUACUGAAGAAUAUUUUUGUUAAAAAAAUACAGCUAUAGCAUUUGUCAGUACCCCUGCACUGUUAUCUUUCCAGAGAUCUUGCACAUGUUUUUUAUUGUUUUGUAUUAUGCACAGUGUAGGGUGAAAGAUGCUAUGUGCAAAAAUAAGUAAAUCUAAAGUAAAUCUAAAUAUGAAUUGGAUCCCAGGAGACUUGUGUAUGUAUGGAUUUAGGUUUUGAAUGUGCUUACAUCAUGUAAGCGUGAUGCUCUUGUUGUUGAGUUGACCUGUUUGUGCCUAAGUUAAAACCCAUGCUGAAACUGUAAAAUCUAUUUUUCUGAAGUGGCAAUGCCACAGAUUGACCAAAUGUCCUUAUCUGAACCACCUUCAAUUCUCAGCUGUUCUUCCGCCAGCUGACAAUUGAAUCUGGACCCAUCCUUAAGUGAUUUCUGUUUUUUGUUCAUGCAAUUAUUGUUUUUCUUGUCCUGGUUGAAUCAUGCAUGGCAGUCUCCUUAUUCUAAAUUUAACACUUGUAAUGAAUUGGCUGCUAAUUUUGUCCCUAUGAUGCAAUGUCACUGAAUAUGAAAAGAUGUGCCCUGUGUAAGAUUGGUAUGAAUUGGUGUUUAAAAAAAAUGUGAAAGAAAACUGUGAAUUGAAGAUAAAUUUUU